GUAAAUCUCAACUUUGAAGCACUUCACAUACAUUCUGUACGUAAAAUAACGAUAUCACCAUGGCCAAUGAGGUACCUGCUGUGUAUUUUGGCCAUGCAUACGUAUGAUACGAGCACAUUUAAUAGAUCGCGUGGGUGGAGUUGUGUAUUUUUUCAACAGCCAAUACUAUCGUUGUGAGACGAGGAAAACUUUAUUUAAUUCUUAGUAGAGCCAGGUGGAGAACAACUACAGACGUCUGUUAUUCAAUUAUUCAAAUCUGACAGCACUUACCACUUUAAGUGUAUCGACUGUCAUACCGUGUACAGACGGAGAAGACGUCUUGAAACUUAAUAUUUGAUAUAUACAAAGUUCAAAGAUCAUUUAUGUCUACUGAAGUGGUGGCAUUGGCACACACUAUGACAUUUCAUGGCCGACAGAAAGCUAAGUCUCUACCUACUGUGGUAUAUCGCAUGAACUCUAGCGGUUCUGCGAGUUUUAAUCUAGAUGAUGAGGAAUUUAAUGAGAAGCAUGAAUUUUAUAACACAAGCGGAUCCGAGCAGGACGAUUCGCCGUCCACAGAGUCUUUGGAAAUUCACUUGAAUAGGUAAGCUAUCAUACUAUAUGAUUGCAUAGGUAAACUGUACGUGAUCAAACUUGUAACAUGAAUACAUGAUCUGGCAUUCUUGCUGGAAAAGCCAGUACCAGCGCAGGAGGAAAAUGAGACUCAAAGGCAGAAAAGCUAAGCACUAGUUCAGGUAUUAUUUAAUAGACCAAUUUAAAAAGUUGUUAAAAUCCAUUGUAUUGGUAAUUAACAAGAUUUGCUGGAGUCGUGUAUAUGCUCUAUUUUAACCAGCGGGAUAUGAGAUCAAUACAGUACCUCGAUAUAGAAUGUCGAUAUACAACUAUUCAAUGUGGCAUUUGCCAUUUGGCUGCAGACAUAUUCCGCUUGAAGUUGCUUGAACUAGCAAGUGCUAGCUCUAAAUGUGUAAAUAUUGACAGUUCUCAUUCUUUAAAAUUUAGCGCGUACAUAGCUAGGUGCUAUAUUUGUUGGCUAUUCGCAUUUGCUGUAAGCAAUUCACAAUCACAAAUUCUUGAUAACAGGACCGCUGCAACAGGACGAAGAUGCGCCAUUAUCGUGUUUUGUGACGUACUUCCUGUUUCUCUUCCAUUUAUGUCAUGAACUCUAUUAAAAUGUUAAUGUAUUAUCAUCCUUCGCGUUGCAUAAUGGGAAAUGUUAUUAUUAAUGGCCGCAGGUUUUUGUCGAGAAGUGUUCUUUGCCAACAAUCUUGCAUAAAUGUCCACAACUACAGAAGAACAACAAAAUGAGAUGCCUUCUGAAAGCGACAUCUCACUGCGAAACGGGUCGAUAUCGAACAAUAAAUCUAUUGACGAUGAUUCUGACUCUCCGCCACCAGAACGUCCGACAAACUUGUUCGUCCGAUCAAAGUAUGAUACAAUCAGUGUCGAUGAAAGUUUACAAAAUGAAAGGUAGUUUUGUAUUACAAAUCAGAACAGAGGCUUUAGACCAUUCUUGUGCGUGAAUGUUUAUCUUGUGCGUGUAUUUUUAAGGCUUUGUUGGCUCUAUGUUUUAAAUUAGAACGAGAGAUUUCCUAAAAAAUUUUGAUCUUGUGUAUUUAUUAAAUAUUUUCGUUCGCAGGCAGUGGGCGGUUUGAGGCUUUCUUGCACCUGUCCAUCCACAAACUUAGCGAGUUUGUGUAGCCAUAAAUCUUUAUAUUUUAAAUUUGUGAAUAGGUUACAUGUUGCAAAUGCAAUUUUUAAAUGAACAUUGCCCCUGUCACAGGCCCUGUGCAACAUCUGGGAAUAUUGUCUUCUUAAAUUUUGUCUUUUCACAUUGAAAUUCAUAAUGCAAAGGUCACACGUCCAGAUGCUCAUUAGUUAGCCAAAAAUUCUAAUUAUGGCGUUUUGGCGUAAUAGGUGUUGAUCAGACAACUUUAAGGACUUUUGCCAGCAAUUGGUAAAGUUCACAAUAUUGUAUUUUCUAAUUAGGUAUUGAAUACUAGUGUUUAUUUUUUUUCUUGCGGUCCGAAGUCAUAUUUUACGCUUUUCUGCAAUCUGAUUGGCUACGUGAGCGGUCCGUAUGAGCCCGUACGGACCGCGCGAGAUUUAAAGCCGUAGAGCCAAUGUUUUUAUUUUUCAAAAUUUAAAGACGAGUUUAAAGGCUACUUUUUAAAACAUUAAAAUGUCUACAGACGAUGAAAAACACAGUGAAAACGAAUUUUACUAUCUCACAAAAGAUAUUUCUCUUCCCGAUAGCAUUGAUAGAAACGACGUUUUAUUUGGGAGCUUCAUUCGCGUGCGGGAGGAGUGAUUGGGGAAGUCCAGAGGAGGAAUUAAAAAAAAUAAAAAUAUUAUUUACCGGUAUGGUCGGUCCGUAUAGAGAAAUAUUUCUCUCGGUCUUAAAAACGUCCCUCGGCCUUCAGCCUCGGGCCGUUUUUAAGACCUCGAGAAAUAUUUCUCCAUACGGACCUCCAAUCCGGUAAAUAACAUAUAUAUAUUACAGUAUAUGUAAGGGUGAACAACUAGAAAAGUGAUGGGAGCUAGGACUGGGAGAUUUUCAGCUUGCAUAAUUUUUUUUGGCCAUUGGCUUGUAUAGGAUUUUUUCCAAGAAUCUUUAAUAAAGACUUUUUAAUAAAGACUUUCUUUGUUAUCCCUCUUGCACAGAUUUUUUUGUAUUGACUUUGGAUCUAUAUUAAUAUUAUCAUGUUAUUUUCACUUGUGGUUAUUCUAUCAUAGGCACAGUGUAGAAACAGUUGAACAACCAUAUAUUGUAAUUAUUGCUACAGUUGAUGCCUAUUAUGAUACUGCUUCACAUUGUAAUUGCAUCGCUUUUAUAUGAAGUGAGGCAAGGUUGUUACUUGUUUUAGUAGGAUAUCUACUUUUAUUUGCUAUAGGCUGUUGCGAUAUAUCAAAAUUUCAAUAUACACUGUAUAUUGAUAUUUUUGUAAUAUAGAUAUUGCAAUAUUUGACUUGUCGAUAUAUCGAAAAUACCGAAGUUAAAUCGAUUUUUUUUAUAAAUAUCAAUAAACAGUUAUAUUUAACUUUUGUCAACCAUAAAUCGUUGUUUUUGAGGUCUUGUAAUACCAUUUUACAGUUUUGCCUUUUAAACAAAUAAUAAAGUAAUAAACCGUAAUUUAUGAUUUUUAUCUGACAUUCUGACUUGUAAUUUUGCAUGUGUUGCAAAGAUUCUAAGCGAGUAGGUAUAUUAUUAAAAGGAUUGAACCGGUCAUACAGUAUAGAUUUACAAAUUGCAAUGUUGCCCUUAAAGAAGUGUACAGGAAUGCACUUCGUGCAAAAUGCAAAUGUCAAAAAUAAUAUGAAAACUGAAAAAUAUUGCGAUAUUUUUUUUUAUAUCGAUAUUCGAUAUUUUUUCAAUAUCACAACAGCCUAAUUUGCUAUUACGAAAGUCACCGAACUGUGAAAUUGCAUCAAAAAUUUGUAUGUCUGCCACUCCCACAAACGUCUACGACCGCACCUACAUAGUUUUGCAUGUUUACAAUUCUAAUUUUGAACAGCCAAUCAGGUUCUUGGUAAUUGGCUGUUUAAAAUUAGAAUUGUAAACAUGCAAAAAUAUGUAGGCGCGGUCGUAGACGUUUGUGGGAGUGGUCGAUAUACAAAUUUUUUAUGCGAUUCCACAGUUCGGUGACUUUCGUAAUAUGUAUAAUAGCUUAUACAAUGUCUGUUUUGAUUGGAUAGAUAAUAAUCGCAACACCAGCAAAAGCAUCUUGUUUACACCAAAAGCUAUGGUGAGCUUUGCCUCGAUAAAUGAGAGCAAUUUACAAAAGCUAUUUGUACUGUACAAAUGAGAAGCAGAGAAAACACUAAAUGAGUUGCAAAGACAGGAUUAAGGGUUUUCAAUUAGUGCUGUGUAAACUCCGGUUUUUCGGCUCCGGCCGAAUUAUAGCUCUGAGCUCCUGCUCCGGCCACAUCAUAAAAUAUUAAAUAAAUAUUUUAAUAUUUUACGAUCAGAGAACAUUUAUUGAUAUUAUUAUGAAUAACCCUUUUCGUGCUUCCUAAUUAUCAGAUAACAUAACUCAGGAAACAAAACAGUGAAAACACUUAACCACGCAGAAAAUAUGUAUAUGGAAACCAGCCAGUGUUGCAAUUUUUAUAUAGCAUGACGCGAGGCAUGACGCUCAGACUCCACAGCGCAAUUGUUCGCAUGCAAACAAAGUACUCUGUCAUUUUCAAAAGGUUGAUAUUUAUUUGUUUCGUACUUUUUCGUUAUCUACAAGGCAUGAAUGCACUAGACUAUGUAGCGCUAAGUCAGAUGGCUUCAUGAAAGCAUGACGUUUGUAAGUUACGAUCAUAUUACAGCUUUUUGACGCUGUUCCUGUGGGCUGUGGCAGUUUGAGUCUAUGAUGAAUUCAUUAACAGCAAUUGGCAGUUUGCAGUAACUAACAAUCGUUUGACAUUUGUCUCAUUUUAUAUUGUUUUCUUGUCAUUUUGCAAUGACUAUCAUGGAGAUCGAGAAAAAGAUAUAGUAAGCAAACUUCAAGAGAAAGAGGCCCUUGCCAAGUCCUAAAACUAUUUUACUAAAACAAAUAUAAUAAAGUAAUUAUUGAUAUUGCAUUUAUUGUGAUACUAUUGAAUAUUGCAGUGAUAAUUUCCCAGAUGAUAAUGAUGUCAUGAUAUUUUGAAUGUUGAUAUUUGCUAUAUUGCUCAACCCUAGUACAGUUGUAUUUUGUAAAGCAGUUAGCCUAAAUUAAUCUUUAUUGGUUUCUUUCAUAGCAUUCAUGCUGACCAGGAAUCAACAAUACGAAGGUCAGCAAGGUAAUAACUGGCAAUGAAACUAGAUUGUCUGCUUGAUCUUUGAUAUCUGCAGACUACCAGAUUAAAUUAAAUUAUAUAAUUGUGAUGUUUGUGAUGUUACUCUGAGUGUUCAUCCACACCGGGCAAGCUGAAAAGUUUGCUUGGCAAAUCAUUUUUCUGAACGAUUUCCAAACAUUAUCAAGUUUAAAAAAGUGAUCACAAAUUUGUCAGAGACAGACUUUAUUCAUAACUGACAUGUCUUCUAGUGAUUUUGAUUGGUUGAGAACUAUAAUUAUGCAUGAAUUAUGAGAUUAUGUCAAAAUAAUAUACAUUCAACUAUCCAGUAACAAUAUGGGCAUGAAUGAAAAAUUUUAGGAAAGCCGUUUUAGGUGUUCCGUUUUCCCAAUUUGUUUGUUGAAGAGAUCUGUUUAUUAACUUGCUGGGUACAGGAAAUUUCUUAUUGUCCCCAUAUGAAAAAAUGCAAUUGGAAUUUGGAAUGAGUUUUUCUGUCUGAAGUUCAAUGGAUUCCAAUAGGAAAAUUUAAAUUCCAAUUGGAAUUCCAAUUGGAAUUUAUGCCAUUUUCCAGUAAAAAUUCCUAUUAGAAUUCCAAUUAGAUUUUUUUGUAAGGGUCCAGAUGGCUUCACUAGCACUGGUCACAUCUAGUCAGGGCCGUAGCCCCCCCCCCUCCAAUAAUUUGCUAAUAAUCCUUUUUCCAAAAUCAUGUAGACCUUUAUCAUUUAAAUAAUAUACCAUUUAUUAUCCAUGACAAACUGCAAAGAAUGAAGAUACAGUAUUCCUAUAUUUUCUCCUGCAACUCAUCCAAUAUAUAGUUAAUUAAAUACGCCUUUGCCCAUUUAGUACUACUAAAUUCUAAACAAAUUGUAAAUUUCGACACACUAUAACACUGUUUUCAGACCAUCAGAAUUAUGUCAAAUCUUCCCCAAAGUCCAGGGAAUGACAUUUCAGAGACUCUAAAUUUAAAAAUUUCCCCUAUAUUCUCACGCCUGCAGCGUUUGACUCAAGGCACUUGUUUUCAGACCCCCGAAUCAAAAAGCGCUUCCUACAGCACUGCUACUAGACUUCAUAGUUAUAAUAUAGUGUCUUGUUGCCCUGAUGAAAGGUCUGGUUUCAGGAAAGAUUACUUAUAGGAAUAGUGGUCGACAAAACACUGCAUUUUGUGCUGGUAAGUUGAUAGGCUACUUACAUUAUAUUUAAUGUAUGUAUUUUAUUUCUGUUGUUCAUUUUAGUAAUGUGGAAGGUAGCAGCAAGUUUCGUCUUCGGGACAUCAGCCCUUCUAGACUGAGAGAAAGACGUAAAAAGCAUGAAAGAAAGAAGUCUGAUAAGGAUGCAAAACUUUCCCCAUCCACAAGAAAAAAUAUUGUGAGUAAUCAAAUAAAACCAUUUAUCCCACUGAGUGCCAGUGCUCACCCACGGAUAACUGUCUGGUGUUAGAGUAAAAAUAAUAAAGUAGGGUGCAUUGGGGUACAAUGAGAAUUAAUGGGUUAAUGCACAGAACAAUAUAUUUCAUUUCACUUGGUGUAUCAAAUAAUCAUGCAUGGCUUAGGAAAAAAUUUAUUUGCAUGUAUUAUAUGGUUGUCGGAUGUUGGGAUCCAUGGUAUAACCAUAUGCAAAUGUGAUUUACUACAGACCGUGGUCAGAAGGUCUUGUCCAGCCUGGCAUGGAAGUUCUUUUUCCAGUUUUACACUAAAAUUACAGUUACUACGAUUUUCUCCUAAACCAAUUUUAAAAUGUGUUUUCUAAAAGCUAAAGUCUCAAGUUAGUGAUGUUCCUGCAUGAAGGCUUAGUGUAAUUUAUCCGAAAAAUGCCAGUUGACUCCAAUUUAGCUCACUCAUCUUGCCAACUAUGUGGGGCAACAUUAACUGCAAACUAAUAUUAGCAAAGGGUGGAUGUAUGUACAUACCUGUACUAGAGGUGUGCAUCGUAUUGGACGUUUAUAAUCCGACAAUUGGCUAAUGUUCAAAAUCCUAUCCGAAAUUGUCUAAUCCGAAUCCGAUCACAGGGGGCCAUUGUUAGCCCGUACACAGCCCGCAAAUUGCAGGCUUCAACACUGAGCUAUAUAUUUCAUACGUAAUUCUAAUACAUAACUUCAAUAAGACCCGGGAUGGGCCCCCUGUGAUCCGAUCUGAGUUUUUGAUAAAGAAUUCCGAUCCGAAGAAUACUUUAAUAAAAUAAAUUUCUCAUUCAAGUUGAAAUAUUUAACCAAAUAAAUAUAAAAGCAAGAAAUACAUGUCAAGAAGCUGACAAAUUAAGUGAUGUCCAAUUGAAGUAUCAAACGAAUCAUGCAGCGACAACUGCGAUAAUGCAUUGAUAAAUGCAUGGAUAAUUAAUUCUUGCCAUAAUGUGUGGAUAAUUAAUUCAUUUUAUUUCGAAUAUCGAAAUCCGAUCCAACUACAAAACAACUUUAUCAAUCCAAUCCGAAAUGUAUAUUUCACACGGAUUUGUACACCUGUAGUACAUACUGUAGGCUCACCUGAAAUAUGGCAUAAUUAAAUCAUGAAAAUUUUAUUACGUAUUGGUUUAUGCUGAUCUUUUCUGAGGGGGUGACUUUAACAGACCCUCCACAUGCAUACACCCAGAAAAUCUGCCUAUGAUUUCAGUUACCUGCACACAAAGUAAAUAAUUAUACAGCCAUGGCUCACAGUUCUAAUUCAAUAUUUACCAUCUUUUUAGCGUUCAUCAUCUUCAUGGCUGCCAGCAUCCUUUCAACAGGUAUUAAAACUUUGCAAUAAUUUCAUAAUUAUACAUGUAUGUAAGGUGCUUUUAUGCUGCAAAGGUAUUACAGUACAGUAUGUAUUUUGUAAGUCUCUAGUAAAUUAACCUUUUCUAAUUGCCUUGGAAAUAGUUUUGACUUUGACUUUGCUCUAACUGGUAGGCGAAGUUUUGGUAACAAAUUAAGCAGCAAGGGCUCACUCCCUACAGUAUGUGAUGCAAUUAAAACUUGUUUAGGUAUGAAUAACAAAAUUCGAAUUAACCCUGGGAGCACCAGUGCUCACCCAUUUACAAGCAAAAUCAGGGCAAAUCAAGUAAUAAAGUAUGGUGGGGCAUAUUGGGAUGCAAUACAGCUUAAUGGGUUAAUAACUAGACUGUCUUGCCUUGAUGAGUAAAAUCAUCUGGCAUUAGACAUACUGUAGUAAAGUAAUAAAGUAGGGCACAAUGCAGUUACUGUAGAUGGAUUAAAUAAUCUCCUGGUUGCUAGACCUUGCUUUUAAUAUUAACUUGUUUAUUUAUAUGCACUAUGGUAUAUGGUUUUAUUGCAGAUGUUCCCCUCAUACAAAUCAAAAACAGGUGACUUUAGAAGAUUGUUCAAAAAUAUUCCAGAAAGUGAGAAAUUAAUAACAGGUUAGUAUUAAAAUGCUGUUAUCAUAAUGAAUUGACUUUACAAAGAUAAAAACAUUCUCUUAAAUAUAGUAUCUUGUAUUAUAUUAAUUAGUAACUUAUUAAAUAUUGAUUAUUCGAUAUUUGGGUUUUCAACAUACUGAAAAUAGUGUGUACUACAAAUGUUUCGAUAUUUACAGAAAUUUGUUCCAUUGUAUACAUACUCUAUGUGUGUUAAGAACAUGAAAGAUUUGAGAAGUUGAAUUGAAUUUUAUUUAUUUUUUUCUGUUUAGCUUUUAGAAAAACCGGAAAACCGUCAUUACAUAAUUAUGUACUGUCAUCGCCCGGUAAUUUGACACCAACGUCGGUUUGCGAUCAAAAAGGUUUCUAGGGCCUCUUCUUCACAUCCGAACAACUUUUCAGUGUCGCUGAUAACAUUGUUACAGCCAAGCGGCACUACUGAGUACUGAAACCACACAACUCAACUCACAAGCUUGUCAUGUUGGUUUUCUUGGCUAAAAACCUAUGAAUUUUUUGCUCGAAACUUUUCUGAGGUUUCUCACUUUUUUGACAAGUUAUAAUGUGUGUUGUGUAGUUUUGUAUAGUUAUUGAAGUUUUUGGUGAUCGUUUGCAGUGAUUUAUGCAGUUGUUUAUAAUUAUGCAGUCAAGUUAUAACGUACAGCGGUAUUAAAGUUUUCAAAGUGCAUUUCUUGACUUCUUUCAGUUCAAAAAUGAAAUCAUGUUCAGGUAACGUUUACGCGAUUUGGCGCGUACGAUUCGUAUUCUGAGCCUGAAUUCAAAAAAAUUACUGCUGACGCCACAAAGCCCACAAUUCCUCUUCAUUUAGUUUAAGCAAAGUUUGAAGGGGAAAAACUGGUUUUACCGGUUUAGAAUUGGAGACGGUUUUCCGGUUUUUAUUUUAAGCAAAACCACCCAAAACCACCCUCAAUAGUACGAAGCAAGAACAAACUUCUGGCCCUCAAAAUAAUUACCUUAUUUUCCUUUCUUUCCUUUAGAUUAUUCAUGCGCCUUACAAAGAGAUAUUCUAGUUCAUGGUAGAUUAUAUGUGUCACAGAAUUGGCUUUGCUUUUAUGCUAAUAUAUUUGGGUGGGAAACUUUGGUAAGUGCAAAAUGUUUUAAUCCAUACAGUACGAGCAUUGAAAACAAUAUGUGACAGUUACAGUACUACUGUAACUUGGAUAUAAGCCUUCAUCAGUGUACUUGAGCAAAGUACGAAUCACUAAGUCUUCCCUGCUUGUGAUCAGUAUACUACACCUUGUUGGUGUACUGUAACUGUAUGUGUGUGUCGUAGCUAAUUUACGUUUGACAUUGAUUAUUUCUUAGGUUACGAUAAACUUCAAAUAUGUUACGUCACUGACAAAAGAGAAAACUGCUUUGGUUAUUCCAAAUGCUAUUCAAGUUUGGACUGAAUCAGAGAAGGUACUGUGUACUGUAGUUUUAAAUAAUUUAUUAUGCCUUCGAUAAUCCAUACAUAAAAAAAUGUUUACUGUGAGUACUGUACUCAAUCCUACAAAAAAGUAAAAGUGUAAGCAUCUCAGUCUGAAAUUGAUCAAAUCAGUAGAUUACUUCAUUUCUAGCACAAGUACAGUAGCAUCGAGCGUUAGUACAGAUCCCUUACCGUAUCUCUCAAAAAAUUUCGUAAUUUAUUGAGAAGCAUUAAGGACGUACAUGUACAGUAUGUACUGUAGGGUUGUACAGUAAUUUGGCAGAGUUUUUAUUUUUGCAGCAUCACGUCUAGUCUAGAAUCUUCUACUAACACAUCUAUCCUUGCUGUUUCCAGUAUUUUUUCACAUCGUUCGUAUCAAGAGAUUCAACGUAUCGUAGUUUAACACGAAUAUGGAAGAAUGUCCUGUCAGAUGAACCUGAGUGUAUUCCAGCUUUGAUGAAAGCUGUAGGAAAAUAUGUAGACAUUUAUUCUGAGGAUUUUGACAACAGCAGUCGAUGUAGUAACGAUGAGCUACCGUCAGACUGUGAUGAUGACAUAAUCGUUGAUGAAGAUGUUGAUGUUGAUAACGAUUCAAUGGCUGACUCAGAAGAACAGAACUCUGGCGAAAGACAAAAUAAUAGUCCUAUCAAGGCGGAAGGAGAUGAUAAAGUAAUGUUUACUUAAUACAUGUUUAUCCUUAGUAAUCUUCAGUAUCACCUUUAUCUGAUAGAUAGAGUUGAAAACAAAAUAGUGUGCAUUGUACCAAAAUCAUGUUGUGUCAGACAGAGUAAAUUGCGGCAUAAUGAGUUAAAAUAUCUUUUCCUAAAGUAUAUACCAACUGUAUACACCCAGUAGCCUACAAACAUAUUUAUCUUUAAUUUAUAUUUUAGUCUUUGGAAGGUGGGGAAUCAUUGGCUUCCACUAUUCCUGAUAUUGCAGUAUCUCCAGCUUCCCCAACUGAAAGCAAAGCUCAAGUAGAACAUAAUAAUGAUCGAACGUCAGCUCCAAAAGUCUCCAAUGGAACUAUUCCUCAUAGAAAAUUGCCUGAAACUCGGCGAAGGUUUCCAUUUCCCUUUAAGAAAGAGUUUAGUCCGUUAAUGAGAAGAAAAAACCAGAGACAAAAAAAGAAACAUAGCAGUACUGAAGACGUAAAUGAUAGGAUACAUCGGGAUAGCUUAAUUGAAGAUGGCAGUGUUAGUGACUCCAAUGAAGAUGGAGAAGGUAUGUGUAGGUCUUCUAGAGUGUUUUACAGUAUAGGAAUACCCCGAUAUAUACAGUAGGGUGUUAUACAGUAGGAAUACCUCGAUAUAGGGUGUUUUACAGUAGAAAUUCCUCGAUAUAGGGUGUUAUACAGUAGGAAUACCUCGAUAUAGGGUGUUGUACAGUAGCAAGCUUUCGUUGGUAGGGAUACAACUACCUGAAAAAUAUAAGGAGGAUUUAGAGCGAAGGCCCUUCGUCUGGAAUACCUCCAUGUACUGUAGGAUGUUGUACAGUAGGAAUAUCUCAAUAUGGGGUGUUUUACAGUAGACAUACAGUACCUCAAUAUAGAAUGUUGUAUAAUAGGAAUACCUCAAGGUAAGUCAAAUAUUUAUAUUUUCCAGGUCCUGUAUUAUGUCCUUGCGAAAGUCAUCUGAACCUUGAAUGUCUGAAUGAGGUAUGGAAGUUAUUUAAUUUGUGAAGUGCAGAGGGUGUUUAAGGUGGCUCCUUAUACAGCUUAUUUGCCAAACUCCAAUAUAAAGGCUUAUUCGUGCUGACCGGGCAUUCUUUUCUACUUUGCAAAAUUUGUUUUCGAAAAUGCCAUUCCCAUAGCAACAAGGCAAAAGCAUAGAGCCUGCUAAUUUAUCUGAAAAACGAAGUUGGCGGUGAAACUCGCAGAUAAAUGACCGUGCUAUGUGUGAUGCAUCGUGCAUGCAUGUUGUUUUUUGUGUAAGCAUCGUGCCGAUAACAUACCUGAAAUACUUGAUGACAUGCAAGAUCCUUCAGUUACUCUCUUCAUUCGUCGAAAAAUCUCCUCCAUAGUUUCGCGAAAAAUUUUCCAAAAACUGAAACCUCGUGUGUUUGUUUUUGUAUGUUUUUAUUCAUUAAGAAGGCAAAACAAGAGCGCAACACUGAGGUGUGCUUUAAUUUGGAAAAAAACUAAUAUUGGUGGGGUUUUACUACGCCCUGGCGUAUGUGACUAACGUCCCGCGUCAUCCCGCGUGUUGCUUACUCUUUACAAAAUUCGUGGUACUGCAUGCACUUCUUCAGUCAUCAUAAUUCUUUAAUAGAACUUGAUCUUCAUUAAUAAUAAGAUAUCGAUGUUUUUUCUUGUUUAGGAAUACGCUAUUGAUGUGGAUAGACUGUACGAGUAUCUAUUUACUGACUGUGAUUUUUAUCGCAGCAUUCGCUCAGCAAGGAAAGAUUUCGGUAAGAUUUUACUGUGCUGUAUGAGCAUGCAUGUUCAUGCAUGACAUAACCGAAGUGAGAUAUAAUGAGAUACCCACAAUAAUCAAACCCAAAAACACACAUGAAAGGCACAUUCACUAAAUAAUCUGCAUGCCACUUGUUACAGUAUACUAGCUGUUUAGUAUUUUAAAGGUGAUACGUCACGAAAAUUUUUGUUGUCCCUUUUGAAAAGAUUUUCCCAACUGCAAAAUAACUUUUGUUUAUACCUUCUUCCUCGCAAACAAAUUUACGUCAUACUGUACUUUGCCUAAUGAGCUGUCAUUAAAUGUCAGCUUAUCAUUUUUAUUAGCGAGUUAAUCGUUUGAAAAUUCCAAUGUGUUCUGUUGUGAAUAAUGUAAAGCAUGCGUAUGCAGUUUUCCAAGUGAUGAUGUUGGAUAAAAACACGUAAAUUUUCAAAUGUUUGGUAGCUCAUUAUGCAAAGAUAAAUUUGUUUGCACUGUAUAUCAAGAAAACUGAAAUAUCUCACCAAGGAAAAACGUGAAGGAAAAUGUGUGAAAGAAGUUGUUUCACAGUUUUGAAAAUUGUUUCAGAAGGGACAAUAAAAAAUUUAGUGUCAUGUUUGCGGUGCUACUGUACACUUACUUUUGCUUUAACUUUUUGCUUUGAAUUACACUCCUAUUUGUUAUUUGUUGUUUUCUAGAUCUUGAUAUUGACCCUUGGGUGGAAGAGGAUGACAAGAAGAAGCGUGCAGUAAAAUACACUAUUAAUCUUGGUUUAGCGAUAGGUCCAAAAACGUCAAGAAUUCAGGAAAAUCAGGUUAGUUUGGAUUAAAUAUACAGUAGAAUAGGUCUUGAAAUGGAAUAAUAAGUUACAUGAUGAGUAUGGUUGUCCAGUUAUUGACAAAAUUUCACGGCGCUCACGCAUGGGCUAACAAUCUUUGAGGCUCCUUCAGUAAAAACAAAAUUAAAAAAUGCAGUGGUAAUAUGUUUCAAGACAACUAAUUCCAUCAAGGCAAUUGUCAACAAAACUUGUGAAAAAAUCAAGGCUGAAAUUCGUCUAGGUAAAACAAGCUACAAUAAAAACAAGGCUGAAAUUCGUCUAGGUAAAACAAAUAUUGUGGACACCGCGUGCGUCAAGCAAAAAUAGAUGUAUUUCUACAGAAUUAAUCCCCAGAAAAUCUCUCCCCCUCCUACCCCCAAUUCAAUGUUGGUAAAUGAAACUUUUCAAAUUUAAAUGCGCGAAACAACAUUGAAUAGGGGGCAGGGGCGACAAAUUUCAUGAAAGAACGUCUCAAUGUUAAUAUUGGCGUUAGAAAAGUUAGGUGUCCACAUAAUUUUUGCCAGGAUUGUAGCUCGGGAAGCCAGGCUCUUUCAUAAAAUGUGAAAAAUUCCCGAAUUACGUAAAGAAAUUUGGAUUUUACGAAUGUCGUAUAUAUAACUGUACUAAUAUUAUUUAUUUAGCAACUGGAAGCUAGUGAGCCAGGACAAUUUUAUGUGGUGGAAACAAGCGUAAGAAUUUACAUUAUUUAUUUUAUGCUAUAUUGACCCGUUCUGUUGUUCUGAUAUAAAUCAUAAAGGUAUACGUUAUGGGGAAUUGAUGCAUAGUUUAGUUUCAUGCAGAUAAUUAUAUAAUUUAGGAACCUGCAUGGUUGAAACCUUUUUGUGGGCAUACGUGAAAUGUCUGCCCACCCUCCACCCACCUUCUGACAUGUUUUCCGCCUUUAGGAAAUAUUCCUAUUGUAUACAGUACAUAUAUGGAAGUUCACUCUAGGCCCAGCAGGGUUACCUCUCCCCUCCAAAGGGCGAACUCCUCCAUAAAUUCAAUCAGAUGGGUAAGGGAAAAAGGUAGAAAAUUCACUCUUUCCUCUUUUUUAGUCUAAAGAUUGAAUUCUUUGUAAAUUAUAGGUGACGAAUGAAGGCGUACCUUAUGCAGAUAGUUUCGUCGUCAUCCACAGAUAUUGUCUCUCGAAAGUAAAUGCGUAUAUGUCUCGAAUUAGGUAUGGUUUUUUUUGUUAAUCUUUUCGCAAGAGAAAUUGGUCUCAGCCGUGCUCUAAUUUACCUACAUAUUUCUUUAACUUCCAUAUUUUAGAGUAACAGCCUCCGUCAAGUAUGUUCGACCCGUGUGGGGAUUUGUAAAAAGUAAGUAAAAUCUCAAGAGCCCAAAAUUUAAACUUAUUAUAUGUGUAGUUGUACUGAAUAGCUCUAUCAGAUCAUAACUUCCCUCCUUGGAGGACCGGUAGCGGCCUUCCCGUUUUGGUAGAUGCAGUGGUGUCAGAGUUCUAAAAUUUCAACAAGGGGGCUGUUCAAUGGAGGCCUUGAGGGCAUGAACCGUCAGAAAAUCUUCGAUAUUCGGUCUCCGAAACACGAUUUCUUGUAUUUUAAGUGAUGUUAUAAGAUGUAUAGUUCUGUCAUAUUGUGACAAGAACAUGCAAUCACUACAGGGCUCAUUAAUCAGAGUGCAUGCCAUCCUGGAAAAUUAGCCGUACAAGCCCCCUCCCCCAAACUGAAAGGUAAUUUUUAAAUUUUAACAAGGUGAGGGGCUAAGCCCCCCUUUCGGCUUUCACUACACCUCUGGUUAGAUGUUAGUAUAAAAGAGGAAACGGAGAACAAAAAGAAAACCAUGGAAGAAACAUUCCAGUUGCCAAAUCUCUCUCUCUUAUCAAAUACACUUUACAGCACCGGAUACAUGUUUUAAAACUUUCUGUGGUAUUUUACAGAUAUGAUAACAAAGAAUUCUACGGACGCAUUGUAUACGUUUUUUGAGUUUUUAAGUAAGUACAAAUUGAAUUCACUACUACGUAAUUAAAAUUACAUGGAUACAGUAUUUAAUCGACAACUUGAAAUGAGAAUGUAAUAUCGCUUCCAACUAAAAACCGUGCACGCUUCCUGUCAAUUUUGUCUUGUCUAGCAUUGAAAAGUUUUGAACUUAUAAUAAAUUAAUUAUUCUCCAAUUCCCUCUUUGUGAAUUGGAGAAUAAUUAAUUUAUUAUAAUGUCAAAUUAUAUUAUUUAUUAUAAUGUCAAAUUAUAUUAUUUGAAUUACAGAGGACUUCAUCAAGACGGUAGAAGAUGAAUCCGUUUUACACUUAAGAAGACGGUUAAAUUCAUCAAGAAAACGGUCACGACAGCAAACACACGAGAAAGAAGUAGAAGAGGGUGAAGCUCAGGAAGAAGCAGGUACUAUACUGUACUACUGUAUCAAGUGGCCAGUCAAUUUGUGUAUUCUCCUAGUAUGUAUUUCUUGCUUUAAUUUUUUGCCUUUACAGUCUAUUGUUUUCCACUUACUAUAUCAGUGUAGGUGUAAGUUUCCUAAAUUACCUUAUUUUAUAUUUUGAAAAACUUCAAAUAAAAAAGCACAAAUAAUAAUUAUUUUUGCCAUUUUAAUAAGAAUAAAACGAUCGUGUUACCGUGACAACCACUUGACACGAGCCAGCGCUCACUCACCGAUUGGGUAAUUUGUAUGGCAGUAAAUGUAUGGUAGUUGCUCUAAUAAACCCACAAUAAAUAUGAUAUAUACUGAUGAAAUGAUGAAUAUCCGUUCAUCACGUUAUUAUCAUCAUUGGUAUAGGUGAAUCUACUGGUAUCUCCUCGGGAAAAGUUGGUGGACGAUUUUCGUCGUUCGCAAACCAUAUUUGGAGGUAAGCGUUAUUGGAGGAAACUUGAUGUCAUCAUACAGUGAAUUUGAAGGCACUCUCGCGUACACCACUUUGUUCAACACAAAUUGUACACAUUAAUUGGAUACAGUAUAUAAGCUUUCGAAUGCGUUCGUGAAUAUUUUUUAUGUAUUUAGAGACGAAAGAGUAAGACAGUAUACUGUAUAUUGUAUAUAGAGUAUUAAUUCAAAAUUAAAUCUAUAUUUUCAUUUUUUCCCUUAGAGACAACAAUUGGUUUCUUGGUGCAUUUAUAUCUUUGUAAGUUUAUAAAACUGUCGAUAAUUUUAAUAUAUUUUUCAAACAACGGAAAGAAUGAUUGAACAAUUUCUUUAGGACUAAUAGUCUGUUUUUUGUUUCCGUUUAGGUUGAUUCUUUUAAUCGUUUUAAACGUCUAUCUCAGCUACAGAGUAAUUUCACUUGAACAUUCAACAAAAUCGUGGGAAACCAUUGGUUUAGCCCCAUCUUUAAAGUACGUCGACUGCUAUGCGCAGUAGAGACUUUUGUAACUUUUAUUUUAUGUUGUGUGCAUGUCCAAAUCGCUCUUUAUAAUGGUUUUGCUAUUCUUCAUUCCAGUACAUACUGUACUGCAUGUACAAGGGAUAUUAAGUGUACUGUACGAUCCAGUGGUUAAGCACUGGGCUGUUAAUGCCAUUUACAUAUAUAGGGGAUAUACAGUAGGUUGUCAAUUUCUCCACUUAAAAUGUGAUUGAGUAGAUUUAGUUAUCAAUAUAAGUCAUUCCUUCAAACCAAACAGUGUCGUGAUCCUUUCAAUCGCAUCAAUCAGGGAGAGGAAAAUGACGAAAAAGUCCAGUGUAAACAGGCUUUGAAUCUACUGCUCUUCAUUGCACGUUCUCGUUUGGACUACAACAAUAUAGUAAAGAAAGUGAAACCGUGUAUAUAUAAUAGUAGGUAACAAUGUAUAUAUAAUACAUAGAGAAUAAUACAUGGGUGCGCGGAAAUACCAGAUUUAUUUCGAGUGUUGAACAUGAUAUCUCACGAGUGAGCGCAGCGAACGAGUGAGAUAUCAUGUUCAACACGAGAAAUAAAUCCGGUAUUUCCAAGCACCCAUGUAUUUUUCUGUUUAUUAUAUAAAGGACAGUCUUUGAAAAGCGAUAAUUUUUACAGAAAAGCGAUAAUUGAAAGCGAUAAUUUUCACAUGUGAGAUUAUCAUGAAUAAUCUCACAUGUGAGAUUAUCACUUUUAUCAGUGCUCGAAAUCUCUUUCAAAAAUUCAUUAAUAAUUCAUGAAGCAAUUAUCCAAUCUUGAGUAAGAAAUUAGUCACGUGCAUACGUCUUUAUACCAGCUAAAGAACACUUUAACAAAAGACCAUUGUUAUGCAAACUAUAUAAAGAUUUUUAUAUAAAGAUUUUUAUAUAAAGAUUUUUAUAUAAAGAUUUGACUUAUUGUGCAAACGUUUUUGAAGCCAUUUAAAAAACUCGCAGUCGUGUUUUAUUAGGUUUAAACCUAAUAAAACACUCCUGCUCGUUUAUUAAACAGUACUUAAAAAACUCAUUAAUAAUUCAGGAGGAAAACACAAAGAAAAAUCAUAAGCGUGUCGUAUCUUUAUAUGUGAUAAAAAUCAUGUUAAUUUACAUAAACUUUAACUUUGAUUUUCUCGGUUUAGACAAAGUUUAUUUUAAAAAUUACUUCACCAAUGAACUCAUAUAAGAUGAGUCGUUUUUUAAGCCAUUUAAAGCACUUGUAGUCGUGUUUUAUCAGAUAUAAAACGCUCGGCUGCGCCUCGUGUUUUAUAUCUGAUAAAACACUCCUAUACGCGUGCUUUAAAUAGUACAUAAAGCACUAUACUUUAAAAAUACUUAUAUAGUUUACAUUUUUUCUAGUGACUUGCCUACAAACGUCGACGAGUUUCGUAGUCUACUGUACAGGCAGCAGUACAUUCAAAACAUUCAAUUUAAAAGGUUAGUUUUGUCUAAAUUACGGGGUUAAAAUAAGUAAUACUGUACAUGUAUGUUACGUACUUUAGAAUACCAAAAAUAAUAACAUAUUACACUGCAUGAAGAUGCUCAAAAAUCGUAAAUAUACUUUCUAUACCAUUAACCCUGCAUGGGCUUGUGUGUUUCUGAGUUUCUCUAAACAUUUUGAUGGAUUAUACAGUAAACAUAUACAAUAUGCAUGCAGUGCGGUUGAAUGAAGUUCUUUAACUUAUCCGGUGGAUAUAACAUAUGGGGACCUUAAAAGUUAUAUUGGUUCAAGAAGGUUCUUUUAUAGCUUGUAAAUACAUUCCAUUCUAUGUUUGUAAAUUGAAAUUUGUGUAAAUUUCAAUUCACUCAUUCACUCAUUCAGAAAAUAAGUGCAAUUGAUACUAAAUUCAUUGUUUCUGUUUUAGGUGGCAGCAUGUUCUUUCGACGUCUAUGCAGUUUUUACAACAGGUUAGUUAGUAACUUAGUAUACAUCAUAUACACAUAUAGGGGCCGGUUUGAAACUCUUAUAUAAUUGCUGCUUUUUAUCGCUUCAAAUAGCUAUAUUGCACAUGCUAUUGCAUUGUGGUCAUGCGCUGUAUGUACAUUGUGAUUAUUCAAUAUCGGAAUUGCAUGCAUGGGAAAGCACAAUAUACAGAAACCAUUUUAAAGUUACUGGAAUUCAAAUUUUUGGACAACUUAAACAUGCAUGAAUUUGACUUUUGUUGCAAACGUGGCACAUUUAGCGUAUAAACAAUUUUUCUGCGCCGAUGAAGCUCGCUGAAGUCUCCUAAUCGGUUCAAACACUUGCUGGAGAACGCUUCUAAGCACAGCGGUAAGCCCGCAAAGCUGGUAUCUACAAUCUACUCAUAAUAGGGUUCCAUAAAGUUCAUGUUUCAAGAGGAUAUAAAAUAAAAAAGCAAUCGCAGUAUUCCCCACUUUGUAGAUACACUAUACCUAUAUAGUACUACAUCAUAAGACUGAACUUUUCGUGCAGAAAAUUUAAUGAUGUUAACUCUCUGAAUGUAUAAAAUGUUACUUUAAUAUGUUAUUUGUUCGAGAAUGGAAUACACUGUAUGUUAACAUGUGUUAUUCUUUUCUAUGCAGGUACAAGAUUCAUUGAGUGAAUUGCAAAAGGAAGUGGAGGACCCAUUGAAUACGUAACGAUAUCUUGAACGGUAUCUAGGCUUCUGUUCAAUUCCGAUUUAGUUGUGUUGGGAAACGCCACAAUCCUGCUUUUCUAGCAACAUGUACAAUUCCCAUGCCGACCCCGCACAGACCAGGAAGCUCGAUUGUGUUAAGUACUAGACUGUUCGUACUGUGUGGAUAAAUCUUGCUGGUUCGAGAUACUCCUUUCGUCCACAUGCCAUAGACUUCCUGUUUGCGUGAACAAUGUAGUAUUCAUUUUCUCUUUCUUUAAUUUAUGUGAUAGAAUGCGAAUAUAUAAUAUGAAGUGUAGUUGAAUUAUUAUAUUGUGAAAUGGAAAUAAUAAAAUAUUGAUAUUUGGA